CACAAGCAAAAAAAAAAAAAAACCAUGCCUUCUAUUUCUGCGUCUUUAUUAUCUCGGAUAAAAUUGUCUUCCUCUUCCGCGUUAAGAACCACUAUGAAGAUCGCUGUUGAGGGCUGCUGCCAUGGUCACUUGGACGAGAUUUACGGUAGUCUUAAACUACUGGAACAACGCAAGAAAUGCAAAAUAGAUCUACUCUUGAUCUGUGGCGAUUUUCAAGCAGUUCGCAAUCCAGGCGAUAUGCGGUGUAUGUCUGUGCCACCGCAAUAUCAAAAACUGGGUUCUUUCUGGAAAUAUUAUUCGGGCAAAGCCAAGGCUCCUUAUUUAACCAUUUUCAUUGGAGGCAAUCAUGAAGCAAGUAAUCACUUGUGGGAACUGUAUCAUGGCGGAUGGGUAUGCGAAAACAUCUAUUAUCUGGGUCAUGCUGGUGUUGUCAACUACAAAGGCCUACGCAUUGGCGGCGUAUCUGGUAUCUUUAAACAACAUGAUUAUACAACAGGACACUAUGAGAGAUACCCCUACAAUCCAUCCGAUCUGCGAUCAGUAUAUCAUGUCCGAGAAUAUGACGUUCGCAAACUUUUGCAGAUACGGAAACCAAUGGAUGUAUUUUUAUCUCACGAUUGGCCUCAAUCAAUCGAGCAUUGUGGCGACCUCGAUCAACUUUUACGAAAGAAAAGGUUCCUAGAAAACGAUAUUCGAUCCAGCUCGCUUGGUAGUCGACCCAACAAGGAUCUUUUGCUCAAAUUAAAACCAGAUUAUUGGUUUGCAGCCCAUCUGCAUGUGCAUUAUCCAGCCGUGGUUGAUCAUGCCAAGUCAGAGAAAGAACUGAAACCGGGCGAUGGUAAUGCAUCAGAAGGCGUUACCAAGUUUUUGAGCUUAGACAAGUGCUUACCGCGUCGGCAGUUUCUGCAGGUUGUCGAUGUACCGACACCAGAGCCCGAGACGAGCGACAGUUUGAAAUAUGAUCUUGAAUGGCUGGCGAUCACAAAGGCGCUUCAUCCGUACUUGAGUCUAAACAGAGAAGCUACUCCGUUGCCAACAGAUGAAGAAAUGCAAAGCAUGAUUGAACAGGAGCUCAUGUUUUUGGGCAUGCAAGAGGAUAUGGACGAAUUGGACUUGACGAUUCCAAAGAAUUUCUCAGCUACGUGUGAUGUAUUUAGCAAAACAUGUAAGUGUUUAUCUUACUGAAAAAGAGGAAAUCAUAUAGAUGCUCACAAUCAGUCUAGACCAACCUGCCGUCAAUCCCCAGACGGCUGCCUUUUGCCAGUUAUUAGGCAUUGAGAACAAGAUAAACGCCAAGGUUCCAGCAGCUCCUCCUCGCGAUGAUACUGAACUAGCAGCAGAAGAACCAGAAGAAGAAUUGGCUGAACAAGCACCCGCAGAAGAAGGUGCGUCUGGAGAGCAGCAGCAACAACAACAACAACAACAGCAGCAUCAGGAAUCAGAGAGCAUACAAAACGACAGAGACGAAGAAGAUGGCCAUUCUCCGAC